AUGGCACCCAUUUCCAUCCCCACCACCGCGCGACUGCCCUCCUCCUUACGCGUCGACCCCUCCAACCCAGCCGUCUUCAAGAUCCUCAAUCGGCUGUCGCGCGCUUCACUCCUCACCCUCGCACUCGACUGGCUCGACGAGCGCAACCUCGCCCUAGCGGCUCCCUACCUCCGCCAACCCUCCUCCUCCGAAUACGAUGACGACGAUAACGAUGACGAAGACGAAUAUGCCGACGACUUCCACCCGCCCGCGCGCUCGCUCGAAGCGUUGCAGGAGCUUUACACAAGUUUACAAUCGCGCAAGGGAUCCAAGAGGGAGGUGAUUGACAGGAUUAUUGAGGGGGACUGGCGCCAUGGCCUGACGCUGUAUCAGCUUGCUAUGGCAGAUAUUCAGUACCUUUAUGAUCACCCGACGUCGCAGAAGUGGGCGGCAUAUCGGAUCAUGCCCUUGAAACCAUUAUCCACGAACGAAGAAGAGGAGGACCAACAGCCGGAAGUCGACAAAGAAUCGCUCGUUAUCCCGCGGUUUCACCCUUCUACGUUUCUCAAGAACCUCCAAGCGCAGGUACCGCCGGACGUCAAGGCGCAUUACAACUUUGACCGCCACCGGACUUUACCUCUGUCGAUCCUGCGUAUUUUCAUCCUCGACUCCCCUUACAACACCAGCCUCGGUCUCCAGUCCGGCUCUUCCAAAACCGGCCGCAAAGCAGCAACAACCACCUUUGACACCUCCCGCACCGUCUACAUCGCCUUUCCCGACGCCUCUCCCUACAUCUACAUCUCCAAACCUCAACUCCUCUCCGGCUUCGCCCCUGCCGCCGGCCCUUCCUCGGCAGCCACGAAGACCACAGGGAUCAACACCACAGCCGGCGAAGCCAAAUCCCUCCAGCACUUACUGCUGGUCGGCAUCCCCGCCGCUUUAUCCCGUCCCCGCCAGCGCUUUUGCUUGAAGCCAACCAGCUUAGCGACGCGCAACCUGAAUGAACUCUUGGACCGCCGCGGCGGCGCAAAUACCAGGCAAGGAGCAGCGGGUGGGGGGUGGAGUAUCUACGCUGAUGAGAUGCGCGACAAGGGAAAGGGGAAAAGAGGCAACAGGGAGACGCCGCUUGAUACGGUGCUGCCUUCGCCUCCGCUUUCUGAAGAGGAGGAGGGGGGGGGUGACAAGGAGGAACAUAACGGAGCUGCUGGGAGAAAGAAGAAGAGGUUGGAGCCGCCGUUGUUGUUGCCUGGCGCAAGAAGGGAAGAGAGGGAGAAGAAAAGGAGAAAACUGGUGGCUAAAGCGAGGUUCGCCGAGACUGCACGGGUGGGAGACGGGAAAGCAGAAGCGGCAGGGAAAGAAAGAGAAGAAUGGCGACCAAACGUCAAACUAACCUUCCACGGCUCGCACGUCUUUGCCGGCAUCAGACAACUAGUUGAGGCGGGGAUUGUCGAUGGAGAGAGAAUGCCGGGGUGGUUGACUGGGGAAGAGGGUGUUACUGUUGGAAAGGUUAGGGAGGGGAGGAUUAGGGGGAAUAAAGGAAGUGGUCUUUGAUUUCCAUCCCUUGGGAGGGUGCAGUGGUUUGAAAGAUGGAAAUAACACAGAGGCUGAGGGAGGUAAAGUUGGGCAAGGCAAGGCAAGAUCGAACAGGGUUAGGGUUAUGAAAAGGGGGUUUGUGUUUGUGUUACACUACAUGGAUGUGUCCGGGUACAGUAGCAGUAGCAGUAGCAGUGGCGUUUGGCGUUGGGAAUAGCAUCCCGUCCUU